AUGGCUAAUUCUUCAACCCCACCCAUUGCAGCCAGAAUUAACGAAACAGGCCUAUUUGGCUCAACGUCUACGACCAAUGCCACUCCGGCUGUCCCAACGCCAUCGGCAGCUUAUGGAGCAAGCUCGAGCCUGAAGACCACAGCUAGCGUGGGCUACAGCCCGGCAUACACUGCAACGCCUAUUCCGACUGCAACUUCGGCUCCAUCGUUGGUAAACAAUCCGUACACUUCGCCUGCUUCCUCCUCUGCGUAUGACCCUUACGCCGCACCACAGACGCCAUCAACACCCGUUGAGCCGCCGGCUUCAGUUGGAUUGGAGAGCACGUCUCAAUCAAGUAGCAAUAUCAGUAAAUUGCUUGCGAAUUUGUCAAUUAAUGUAAAACAUAAACAUGAAGGUGAACGAGAUGAACCAGAUGGAAACGGUCAGGGAGUGUCUAUUCGACAGGUUGUGCGCGCUCGCAACAUGGACUCUUUAAGCACAAGGCUAGAAAUUUCUAAUGCCGUAGAACGCAACCGUGUCAGUCCACAAGAGCGCAUUGAAGGCUACAAUGUAACCAAGGUGAACGACAUGAUUACUGUUGUGCAGAACGAACGCGCUGAUCCAGUGGAAGAGCGGUAUUACAAUCAGCGCACACUGCCAGACAAUGAUGAUUGGCUACAUAUAUUGCGCAAAAAUCGUCAGGCGGGGACGAAGUUUACGGAUCCCCAGUUUCCGCCUGACGCGUCAUCAAUAUUUCGAGAUACAAAUAAUCCAAAGUAUCCGCAUCUUCAUGAGUAUGUUCGAAAGUGGAAGCGCGUGACGGAUUUUUUUAACGAAACGGCAUACGUGGAGAUUACGAUGUUAGACGACGAGAAGAAACUUGUGUGUAGUAUGUCGAUCAAAAAUUCGGUGGAAGCAGAAAAUAUCUUGCAAGUGAUUCGGCAAACAUCGACAAACAUUAACGUAGAAUUUUUACGAAUUGCUAAGGAAGCUGUGACCACGGGCGUCACAAAGCGUAAGCGCGAUCACAUGCUGUUACUUACGAAAAAUAUGAUUGUACAUAUGAGUGAGUAUGUGCAGGAUGGAUUACAACGGUUUGAGCUCAUGUGGGAAAAGAGUUUCCUUGAUCAUUACAAACCACUUGCAUUUUCCAGUGUGGGAGAAGGUUCGGGCUAUCGUGUCGAUGGUACAGAGUCUGGAAUCGUGUCGCGUGUCUCGGUGUUAGUACCUGUGUACUUUCAUGCUCAAGGCACUUGUCUCUUUGAUCGCUCGCGCGAGUCCAAAGCUGCCAGCCGCAUUUCGGGCGUUGGUAUAAGUCCCGGUGACAUGCGCGUGGGAAGGCUUGCUGACGCGUACGUGUUCGGUGCAUUGUCUAUUCUAUCGACAUCACAGCUUGCUUUGUCACAAGUUUUCCCACAAUUAAGCGACGACAUGAUACGUCCAGAACGAGUAGAAGUCGGCUCAGCAUUUCCUAAGGAACAACAGUACAACGAAGAGGGCGUGUACGCUGUAAGAUUUUGGCGCAACAAUCGCAGCCGCGUUGUAGUUGUUGAUGACUUCAUACCAUGUAGUCAGUACGGCAAGCCCGUUUUCGGAUCCUUCACCGGCAGCAGCGACAAGUUUGAAAUCUGGUCAUUGUUGAUCGAAAAGGCAUAUGCGAAACUUCACGGUGGAUACGAGGCAAUUGUUGGUGGACAAGAAGGGUACGUCUUGCAGGAUCUGUACGGCGGCGUUCCUAGUCGCUACACGCUUCACGAAAAGUGUCAAAAUGAGGAAGCUGCGUGGCAGAUGAUGAUCAGUGCGUUACAAGCGGGUUCUCUUGUAGGUUGUAGCAAUGAAGAUAUGACAGCAGAAUUGCCCAAGGGGCUUCGCAAGACCGAUGCUUAUGGUAUCAUGAAAGUGGUAGAACUUACGUACCAGGGCACAAACACUCGUUUAAUUCAGUUGCGCAAUAGCUGGGGCAUUGGAACGCAUCAUCAGCCAGAAAAGUGGAAGGGCCCAUGGUCUAACGAAGAUUCAAAAUGGUACAGUUUUAGUCGUAUGCAAAAGAUUGAGUGUGGAUUUCAAUUUCGCGAGGACCACACAUACUGGAUGGAUUUCAGCGCGUUUUUCUGCUUCUUCACGACUAUUAUCGAGUCGCGUAACUUAUACAAUUUUCGAUCUGUUCCAGAUGGAAUUGGUAAUCCUGUCUCACCAAGUCUGAGUAUCCACAUCGUGUCAGGUGAGUGGAAUGGUAUCACUAGCGGCGGACGAGACGCCAUGCACUUAAAUCCACAGGUGCAACUCUUUUCGCCAGCUACCAAUGGCUGCAAUCUUAUCAUCCAUUUGGAACAGCCAUCUCGGCGAAUGAAGAUGGAAACGGAGUACACAUCUUAUAUCGCGCCAGUUGUCGUCAAAAAUGGCGUGCGGCAACAGCGCAAGAUCGAUCUUUCGCAGGACGUGUUCGCUACAGGUACCUUCAUUUCCAAUCGCAGCUGCGUCUUGGAGCUCCCGUUGACGCCACCUGAUGGUGACAAGCCGUUUGUGAUAAUCCCUGCAACUUAUGAUGGCCAUCUGCCAUUCCAACUGGGCUACUCCAUGACACUCUUUACAUCCAAGCCGACGGCUGUGUUGCCCGUCUCGGACACAGGCUCACUACCCGUAUGCUGUAUAUGCCAAAAAGCUCUCUCUGGCACCUUCCGUACAUUCACGCAUGAUCAAGAGGGACAGAUUAAGAUUGAUCGUGUGUGCCAGGGGGCUUGCGUAGAUGCGUAUCGUGAGCGUAACACUCCUGUUUGUGUGGAUUGCCACCAGCGCAUUGAAGUAGUGGAGGGACGGUUCUCGGGGCGUAUGUUUAGCCUUCCUGAUGGCUCAUGUGUUCACGCCGAGUGCAUUGAUGCGUAUCAGAUCCGUACGUCUGAAAAGUGCAUCCACUGCGGCAAUGCGAUUGCUGCUAUUCCUGGCCGGUUCGACGGCAAGUAUUACCAGGUUGCCGGAGGCAAGUGCCACGGAGAGUGCAUGGAAGCAUAUCAGCUGGCCACUGCGCAACGCUGCGUGCAAUGUAGAGAGCCAGUUGUCAAACUAGCAGGCAGGUUUGAUGGUCGCUUUUACAAGAUUGAGGGUGAGCGCCUUGUUCACUAUGAGUGCUGGGAGCAGUAUCAGCAGUCAGUGGCCCCCAAGUGCGUCCAUUGUGCGCAACCAAUUUUACAGAUUCCUGGGCGUUUCGAUGGUCGAUUUUACGAUUUGGCCAGUGGUGUUGGCAAAGUGCAUUUUGAGUGUUGGAAUGCGUAUCAGACAGUUGUAAAUCCGACAAUGUAA